GCUCAUUCGUGACACAUAGAGUAUCAAAGAUGUACUGACGUGAUUAUUCACACGUGAAACUCUUCAUUAAUUCAUGAUUAGUUAAGAACUUCAAUAAUCAUUAGUAUUUAAUAAACAUUAGUAUUUAAGUUAAGUAUUAAUUUAGCCAUCUGGUAGAAAAAAAAGAUUACAUAUAUUUAUAUAUAUAUGUGUGUGUGUGUUUUUUUUUUUUUUCCACCAAAUGACGUCAGAAUAGUAGAUAAAAAAUCCUCUGGGAAUCAGUGGCGACCCAAAGCAGCGUGGCCAGCUUUCUUCUGAAUAUCUUCAUAGUGUUCUGAGGAAAUGAAGACAGGACCAUCGUGUCGUGAGUUUUCUUUGAGGAGUCUUCAUGGUUGAGAACUUCAGUCAUCAUCUGAUGAGUAUUCAUUCAGGCACUGGCAGAUAAUUAUUCAGGUGUUUAUUGUAAAGUGCACGUUUCGAGAGGUGCAUUAAAAUAAAUAAAACCUGGAUUAAUGUGGAUAUUUUAAUUAAAAACACGUGUCCAUAAAAAAAUAUGUAAUCUAUGAAAUAGCAUGAGCGUGAGCCAGCUUGUGGAUCAGUGACGUUAAAGAAAGCAGCACCUUUCAGGUAUUGUUUUAUUAGGGCUGUGCUUUCUCACGUCUUCUUGUGGCUGUAAAUAUUUCUCUUUCUCUUUCAGCGUAAGCUGCUCAAUUGAAUAUAGUUUUUCAAGCAUGUGUUUUUUUAUAGUAUUGACAGAGAUGAAAUAAAAAGUACAUGCAAGUCUAUUCUCUGAUUAGAUAAAGCAACAUCGACUCAAAUAUCCGAAGACUUGUGCUGCAUUUCAGGACAAAGUAUAAGAAGUGUGGAAACUCUUAAAGUAUCGUGUGAAGCGUUGGCUUUACUUCAGGAGAUUAGUCUCCGGGACGCGCUGCUAACUCGCUUCUGGCUUCUAGAGAAGAAGAAGAAGACCUCGGGACAAAACAUGAGAAUUAAAGACACGAGCAACCAAAUUAUAAACGUCAUAAAAGCUCUUAUAGAGUCAGAUUUGCUGGAUAUGAUAUGAUUGCAUUUCUAUUAAAGUCAGAAUUAGUCAAGAAAAGUCCUAACCGUGUGAUAAAUUGCAGUUAUCCUUAAUUUACUUCUUUCUCAGGGGAUGAAAUGAGCUUUCUGUGAGAAAACCUUCUAAAAUAUAUAUAUAUUUUUAAUAAAAAGCAGAUUAAUAAAGACCAGAUGCUCUGAUAUUAUCUCAGCUGUUUACGAGAGCCUUGAUGUUCUUUAUAUAUUUACAUGUGCCUUCAUUUCAUCUCUAUAUGACCAAAAUAUGAGAAAACCAACACGUUCAUGUGUAUAAUAGCAGACGCUCAGUCCUCUUUAACGUGUGUUCUUCAGGUCCGGGGUUAUAUAGAUUACUGAAAAUAACUACAUUAUGACACUUUUUCUCAUCUUUCCCAAAAAACACAUGCUUUUAAAAACAAUAUUAAAGAUUUGCUGUUGUGGAGAUCACGAUUAAAACGCAGAUGUGAUAGAGCUGGUUUGAAGAAGCGACUGGACGGGUUUCGGCGUGAGAAACCUCCCCAGGACGUUCUUAUCAUUCAGUUACAACAAUCAUAACAAUAAUGAUGUGGUUUACUGGGAGUCUCAAAGAGUUUCUGUCACAGCGAGGAGGAGGCUUACAGAAGCGGUGAUCAAGUUUAAAGUAGAUGAAAUAAAACCAUGUUAGGUUUCUGUAUGGACUUCAUCUUGUACAAAACACAAGCCCUCUGAUGAUCUAGAAAACCUCAUACACACAGAUAUACACACACUAAUCUACUGGAGCCAAUAAUUACAGACUAAACAGAUGAAUAAUUACAUAACAAAAUAUAUAAUCAUACAUAAAACUGUUAACAGCACCGGCUCGAAUGCCUUUAAUUAUACGGCUACCACACAAUAACAAAAUAUUAAAACCAAAAAAUCUAUGUAAAUGACUGGGUGGAGCUUAAAUGAAAGUCCAUUACCUCGUCUUGUGGGCAGAGCUAAAACAUCUGUUAAUAAAUACACGAGAGACACACAUGACAAGAAAACAUCUGAAGAUCAGCGCUGCAAUCUUGAAGCUCAGCUAAAAACAGAAGAAAACUAAAGAAUGGUAUGAAAACAUGUCCUCAUCUGACAUGCUGCACCUGCUCUAUAGAACAAAGAAUCUGAAUAAUCCAUACAGGCCUAUAGCAGUAAAAAAGGACUUCAGCUCAGCAAGCAGUCUUCAAAUUAAACAGCUCUUACCAGGAAGAGACAGACGUGUUAUAUCUGCUUUCUGUCACACCGACUCUCUUCUUCUGACAAAAUAAAUCCAUCAAUGAAGAACCAAGAACCACUCUUUAUAGAAGGAUCUUUGAGAAGUUUGUUUCUGAACAGAUAGAUUUUGUGGUGAUUUAUUCUUUAAACUUGUUCAGAAAGUGAAAGUAAAUUUCAGAUCUCUGGAGCUCAAAGACUGAAAAUGGCUUCACUAUCUGAAGAUGAUUUUUCUUGUCCUGUAUGUCAGGAAAUCUUCAAGGAUCCUAUUCUUUUAUCAUGUAGUCACAGUGUGUGUAAAGAGUGUCUUCAACAGUUCUGGAGAACCAAGAAAACCCAGGAGUGUCCCGUCUGCAGGAGAAGAUCCUCUAAAACUGAACCUCUGCAUAAUCUUGUGUUAAAAAACCUGUGUGAGUCGUUCCUGAAGGAGAGAAAUGAGAGACGCUCAUCAGGAUCUGAGGAGAUCUGUAGGUUACACAGAGAGAAACUCAAACUCUUCUGUCUGGAGGACAAACAGCCCGUGUGUGUAGUGUGUGUUAACUCACAGAAACACCACAAUCAUAAGUUCAGACCCAUCGAUGAAGUGGUUUCAUCAUGUAAGGAGCAGCUCAAUACCGCACUGAAAUCAUUACAGGAGAAACUUACAUGCAAUGAAAAAAUGAAAGGAGAGUUUGAAAAAACAUCUCAACACAUCAAGUCUCAAGCUGAGCACACAGAGCGUCAGAUUAAACAGCAGUUUGAGAAGCUUCAUCAGUUUCUCAGAGAUGAAGAAGAAGCUACAAUCACUGCAUUGAGGGAGGAAGAGGAGCAGAAGAAGAAGAUGAUGAAGGAGAAGCUGGAGGAGAUCAACAGACACAUCUCAGCUCUUUCAGACACAAUCAAAGACACGGAGGAGAUGAUGAAAGACAGUGACGUCUGCUUUUUGAAGGAGUUUCCAGUCUCAAAGAAAAGAGUCCAGAUCUCAUCACAGCCACAGAAUCUACCGAUACAUUCUGGAGCUUUGAUUGAUGUGUCACGAUACUUGGGCAACCUGUCCUUCAGAGUCUGGAAGAAGAUGCAAGACACCGUCCAGAAGACUUCAGUGAUUUUGGAUCCAAACACAGCUCAUCCAGAUCUUCUUCUCUCUGAUGAUCUGACCAGUGUGAGACGGAUCUACAACAGUCAGUCUGUUCCUGAUAAUCCUGAGAGAUUCGACUAUUAUGCCUGUGUUGUGGGUUCAGAGGGGUUUAACUCAGGAACACACUGCUGGGAUGUGGAGGUUAAGGAGAGUAAAUACUGGCGACUGGGAGUAACUACGGCAUCAAACCAGAGGAAGGGAGAGGAUUUCUUCAAAUCUGAUGUCUGGUUUGUGUCAUACGGGUGGUUUCCAGGUUUUGGUUCUGGUUCUGGUUUUGGUGUUAAACGUAAUCUUGAUCGUGUGAGAGUGUAUCUGGACUAUGACAGAGGAAUGGUGUCAUUCUCUGAUCUUGUAACUAACACACAUCUACACACAUUCACUACCACCUUCACUCACACACUCUUCCCUUUUUUUUGGAAUUAUUCCUCUCUGAGAAUCUUAUCAAUCAAUAAUCAAUAAUCUUUUGAUCUGAAUCUUCCUGCUUUCAUUUUUCAUCAAGAUCACAUGAAUAAGAGACUGAACAUCCGACCAGAAAACUGACGACUAAAUACUGUAAUAAACACUGUAUUAAAAACAUGAUGUUUUGAUUAUAAAAAUGGAGAAAAAAAACCUUGGGAGUUUUAGUUCAAUUUUAAACUCAGCUGUGUCAGAUAGUGUAAA